CGUUUUUUUUUUUUAAUGCGCCAUUAUUUUAAUUCUUUGUAAUUUGUAUGUAUAAUUUUUGAAAUGUGCAACGAGUUUAUAGUUUAUCAAAGCUAAAUUGUUGCUGACGUCAUUGCGCUUAUUUUUAUAUGUCAGUUGUUGUAUAUACAUUUCGUUUUUUCUACCUUCUGCUUUAUGUGCAAACAGUUAAAGUAAUAACUUUAUAACAAUGAUUUAUGCUUAUAAAACGCUUAUACUCGUUAAAUUGUAUUUUUCCACUUUUUUAUGUUUAUGUAUACAUAGUAUCAUGUACAAUAAGCGUUUUAUUCUUCAGCAUCAACGCAGUAUACGUGAAUGGACUUCAAACUUAAUAAAUAAUUUUACUAAAGAUACUCAUAAAGUUAGGCAAAUUGGGGACCCGGUGCUCCGCCAGGUUGCGAAACCAGUUGAUUUGGCAACAAUAGUUACACCUGAUUUUAAAAAACUAUGUGAUCGCUUAGUAUCUACAUUGCGACGACAUAAUGGCUGUGGAAUAGCCGCACCACAGAUUGGUGUUCCUCUUCAAGUUAUUGCGGUAGAAUUUACAGGAUAUGAUUUAAAAGUAGCUAUGGACAAAUAUGGCAGCAAAGGAGUUUCGAAACUUCAAAUGAGUCUAUUUCCUUUAAAAGUGAUGAUCAAUCCAAAAAUAAAAAUUAUUGAUCCAACAAUGUUGGCACUUAAAGAAGGUUGUCUGAGUGUAAAAGGUUACCGUGCUAUGGUCCCUCGAGCGAAAGAAAUUGAAGUUGAAAUGUUAAAUGUAAGCGGAAACACAGAGACGUUUCGAAGUUUGGGUUGGACCUCUAGAAUUAUUCAACACGAAGUGGAUCAUCUGCAAGGAAAUCUUUUUGUUGAUACGAUGUUAUACAAAACUUUAAUAAAUGAUAGUUGGAAUGAAUUUGUAAACUGAAGUUUAAAAAUAUUGUUUUGCAUUUUA